AUGAUUUUCAUUUAUGCUUUAAACCAAAAUAAUUUGUUUUGGCAUAAGCGCAUUAAGUUUUUCUAUUUGAAUUUCAAUGAAUUUAUAUGGACCCCUGGUUCCAUUGUGAUCAGGAGGAUGAAUGGAGAAGGUCAAACACGCUUUAAUGCAUUCUCACAUAUGAAAGAGAGUUUUGUUACCCUCGUUUUCAUUUCUGUUUUUCUAUCUGCCGCUCAUAGGAGAGGACUUGGUGAGGCACACCUUCAUUUAGGUGAUAAAAAAUUUUUAGAACAUUCAUCAAAGCCAGAAGCUGAUUUAGCCACCUUUCAGUUUGGAUGGAAUAUUUUAGGACAAAAGUCUUUUCCAUUGCUAUCCUUUUUUUGUUAUUUGAGUAAUGGAGGGCCUAGAUUAAAAAAAUCCAAUCGUUCAAAGUUUGAAGAAGAGCAAAUUGUUAAUUUUAAAAAUUUUUGGCACUUAAUCUUAAUUUUGACAGGUCAAAUGCAAAUGUCACAGCAGGAGAAGAAAAGGAGAUGCAAUUUAUCAUCCAAUCAGCUUUACUUCUUGGGCUAA